CUUUUAGGUAGUAGCAAUGUAGUAGCUAGUAGUAACAAAAAGAGGAAACUUGCAACAAUCGAACAUGCCUUACGCAUUUUAAAAUUUUAGAAGUCGGCCGUAUAAAAACACAAAGGUCUUUCUUGCUUUUUAGAUCACAAUUGACCAAUACUCUCCUCCAAUCCAGGCAACAUCGUUGACCUUUUCAAACUCAUUUCCUCUCUUUUUCCUUCUUCUCACAUCAUAAUAGAUCCCCAAAAGAACAAAAAAUACCCACAAUCCUCUGUUCUCAUCUACGAUUUUUUUUUUGCUUUUCUUGUAAUCAUCAAUGGACAGUAAACACCAUACUUCGACUUCAAAACCUAAGACCAAGAACAAGCUCUUGCAGAUGCUUCCCAAAGCUAUGUCGUUCGGACAUCGAGUUCCACCGUUUAGUCCAGGAAGAGAUCUCCACCACAACCAUCACAGUAACACGGCGUCUAACAAAAUGUUUUUCUCUGGUCCUAUGGUUCCUUUGGUUCCUAACGCGGCUAGGGUUAGAAGAAACAAAAACGACGGCGUUUGGGACGAACCUACUUCACCUAAAGUCUCUUGCAUCGGCCAGAUCAAGCUUGGUAAGUCGUCUAAUAAAUGCCCAACCGGUAAAAAGAACAAAGCCACUGCUGCGUCCCUGAUACCUAAAGUCUCUAAAACGUCGUCUUCCUUGACCAAAGAAGAUGAUAAAGGUCGUGUUUCGAAGAUCAAACGUUUCUUCUCGUUCUCGUCGGCGAACACCGCAUCAAGAAAAUCUCAUCCCACCGCCGUCUCCGCCGCGGAUGAACACCCUGUCACGGUGGUUUCCACGGCGGCGGCCGUGCCUUCGUUAGGUCAGAUGAAGAAAUUCGCAAGCAGCCGUGAAGGUUUAGGUGGAUUUGAUUGGGCGGCUGAGAUGAAACUUGGAGAAGAAUCGCCGGCUGAUCAUCACCGUGGUUACUAUUCCGACGACGACACGAGAGGAGGUAACUUGAGAGACGAUGAUGACGACGACGAAGACGACAUAAUAAUCCCGUUCUCAGCUCCGUUAGGGUUAAACUUAAAACCAAAGAAAGAAGUUAACUUGUGGAAGAGAAGAACCAUGGAUCCACCUAAACCACUUCAUCUUCAAACCACUUAGAUUAAACUUUUCAUCUCCAUUUUUUUCACCUUUUUACUUUCAAUAUAUAUAUUUAAAUUAGUGGUAUCCAAAACUGUAAACUGAUCAUCAUACACAAUAAAUCUGGAUUUUGCUCUUAUGUGUAUAUGUUGAAGACUAUAUAUUGUGUUGUUGUUGAUGAUGAUGAUCGUUCACUUCGUUUUUUUU